AUGUCUGCGCUAGCCCAAAAACUGGUGCCCAAGCCAAGCAAUGGCACAGGUGCAUUUAUUCUUCAAUGUCGCAAAAUGGUGUUCAACUAUUGUGAACACUGGGCGAGCAACAAGGGCAUGAUUCAAUACAUUAAAAAGGAUCUGGCCAACUUUGCACGAGAACAUCCUCAAAUCGAAAUUGUCGUUCAACCCAGACCCGGACAUCACCCCGUCAUUCGUGGCUAUUAUCUGAAUGGUCGCGAUAAAGUGAUUUGCGCUCGAAAUAUGCAACCCAACGAAAUCUCAAAGAAAGUGAGUCUUUUGCGCGAUUCUAGCGGGGAAAAGAUGAAGAACUUGGCAAAGAAACCUGUCAUCUCCACCACCGAAAGUGUUCGCGGUAUUUGGUCGCCUUUCCACUCCAACCCUCAUACUAUCUAG